AUGCUUGAUAUAUAGGUAGUGGAUUAAUAUAGCUUGUAUCCUCAUUUUUUGGAAUUAACAGCUCCCUAUUUCCCUAUUAAGAAUUUCUAAUUUAAGGACAAGGUCGGAACACUCAACGUUUAAUUCAAAAACUAGCAAACAUACAAACCAUUAAUUUAUAUUUAUAUUUUAAGCACUAAUUCAUACGAAGGAUAUAAGAAUACGGCGAGAUAAAGAUUAAUGAAAUAUUUCGAUGAUUAUCCAGCUAAGAAUAGCAUCAUCCUAUUUUUUCCAAGUUUGUUAAGAGUAGAUGAUAAAGUGAAUAAAAUACUCCAAUAGACACACGAAUUGAUUUGCUAAGAUUUGUAGAUUGUGAAGCAAUUUCCAAAGGAUAAAGUCUAGAAGAUUAUAUUUUAUGACCCUGAUAGAGAGUUGAAUAAGGAACAAUGUAUGAGGGAAUUUCUAUAUUAUUUCUAAUUAUCAGUCCAACAAUAUUUGGAGAGUCAAUAUGAUAUAUUAGAUAAUCAAAUUUAUGACUAAGAGCAAUUGAUAAAAGAGAAAUCUUUCAGUUUUUAUAAGCUUUACUCAUUAAAAGAAAAAAAGGCAAAAAUUUAUGAGAGCAUAGGUUUGAAGCAGGAAGCCUUAGAGAUUUAUGUAGGGUAGGAGAAAUUCUUUCUAGAACAUUACCCGAACACUAUACAACCAAUAUUCAAUGCGAUACAUCCCUUUGAUUUCCUAGUCAGGAAGUCUGUAGAAUCAAAUAUAAGGAAUUUUGAGGAAUCAGGGGAUGAGUCACAAUCAACCAUCUUGGAUUUUUUGGUGUUGAUACAAUAUCGAAUAAUUGAUUUGCUUUCAGGAGGAAAUUAAAUAUAUGGAGUUGAAAAGAUUCUCAAUUUUUCUGAUGAGAUACAAUAAGUUGUUCAUUAAUAGAUUGAAGUCAAUAAACAAAAAUAGUAAUUUCAUGCAGAUGAAGAAGAAUUGUGGGGACUAGGAUUAUUAAUAUGGCAAUUUUUUAAUAUGAGAGGCAGUAUUAAUUUAAUGGCUUCUGUGCCACAGAAUCUGUCUGGGGAUUUAUUGUUGCAAUAAUUAUAAUCUUAAUUAAAAAUAAGAUUUGCUUUAUUAUGCAUUGUUGAAAAACUAGGAUUCACUCUUUAUAAGAUUUAAUUUAAUUAUGUAAGAAGAUUACCACUAGUAGUUCAAUGUGAAUUGUUGGAGCAAACAAUUCUUGAUUAAUUAAAUGAAAUUAAAUUUGAUGAUGUUGUAAUCAGUCGGGAUAUUCAAAGUGAUCCCAAAGAACUAUUUAAAACUUAUUUAUUAAGUGACACAAAGUUAAAAGGAUAAAUUCACAAUCUACACGAUUUCUCUGAAUUUUAUUCCUCAAUUGUAAACGACAUAAUUUCAAUUGCAACUCAAUUAAAUUUACACAGAGUGAUCUUUGAAUAUUAAUUUAUGAUUUUGAAAUUAAAAAAUGUGUAUCCAAAACUAGAAUUAAACUAGGAUAAUAUUGACAGAGCUUUAAAGUAUAAUAAUAUUGAUUUUAAAAAUUUACAUUCAAGUUUACUGGUUCAAAAAUUGAUAUAUUUCUACAGAGAAAAAAUGGAAUUAUCAUUCUAAGAGACUUUUAAAGACACCCUUCAAUCAAAUCUACCUGGAAGUAGAUACACAAAAUUGUUUUAAAUCUUAAAACUUCCAUUAACUAAACUCAAAUUGUCAUAUAUUGGAUAUUUCGAGACUUUUUAAGUCAAGCAAAGAAUUUCUUAUAAUGACUUUGUAUUUAAAUUUUCGAUUUUAAAAUAUUUGUAAGUUGAAUGUAAUGGAACCUUUACUAUCACUCUAAAACAUAAAGGAGGGGGAGUCAAAGAUAAGAGAAAACUGAAGUUAGUUUCAGAUGUGAAGUAGUUGAGAGAAGAAAAAAAGGUGAAUUUUGAAUUCAAACAAUAAUUAAAUUCGAAUCAAGGAGGAUUGUAUUCAAUUAGAAAAGUAACUUUCCUUUCAGGUCCUUUCAAACUGUACUUUGAUGUUUCAUAAAAAGUACAGUAAUUAAAAUUGCAUAUCCUGCAUCCCUUAAUAAAUAUAUAGAAUGUUGCUACUAUCACAAACAUCGGAACUCCAAUAUUGCUAUCAGUCAGCGAUUUGCCUUUGGAUAUAACUGAAUUAGAACUCACAUUGAUUUCGAAGGUAAAGAUAGCAUCAGAGUUGUUUAGUUUAUAGGGAGCAACGAUCACCUAGAAAGGUAAUAUUCAUAAAGUUGUUGUUGAGGAACAUUUCUUAAUAUAGCAUCCUUUCAUAUUGAAUUUAUAUGCAUUUGAGGAAUUUUAAGAUUAACAAUUAAAAAUUAUCAUUGCUGUUAAAAAUCACUAGUUUGCAACUAAUUUGAAAGUAGACUCAAUUAAAGCGUUAGAUAUCAUAGAUUUAUCAGAUAAAAUAGAUGACGAUUUAGAAUUAUAUGAAUUACGUAGCAAUUCGAAAGAGACCAUCACAAUAGACAAUGGAUCUUAAAAUAUACCUUUAGAAAAUCGCAAUUCAAUUCGAUAAGUGGCUUAAAAAGGCUAAUGUAAAUAAAUUUACUAUAUUUAAUUUAGAGAUUUUUAUAAAGUAAUAGUUUAACUACAAAGAUUGUUUUUAAAAAUUGGGUGUUUUAGAUGA